UCAGACUCAGACUCCCCACGUCUUUAUAUAAUCCGCCAUUUCAGUUUCUCCUUCUCCUCAUCAUCAUCAGUUACUUCUUUCCAUAUAUUUCUCUGCUCAUUUGAUUUUUUCUCCACAAAUUUCCUCUCCCCAUCGCUAAUGUCUUUUUCUCCGAUCUACAAUUCAGUUUAGUUGAAUUUAGUUGCAGGAUUUCUAGGUUUCUUACGGAUCUCAAAUGCAGCCUGUGAGCAGAGAAUUCGCCGCCAUGGCAAACAUCAAUCCGCUGCUCAGCCACCACCAGAUGCAGGAAUACCAUCACAGUCAAGUUCCGCAUAUGCUGGCGGCGGCGGCGCAGUUCGAUACGGCGGCGGCGGUGUCGCACGAUGAUUUUCUAGAGCAAAUGCUAUCGUCUGUGCCGACCUCCUCCGCUUCCUUCCCUUGGGCAGAUGAGCAUGCUCCGCCGCAGAUGGAGGAGCAGUCCGCGGCGGUGUUGGCGUCGAAACUGAGGCAGCAUCAGAUCAGCAGCGGCGCUGCUAAGGCGUUGAUGCUUCAGCAGCACAUGUUGCUCUCCGGCGGUCUCCGCUCUCCCGUCGGAGGCGACGGCGGCCUCCUUUCGAUGCCGCAUGAUGAUCACAACGAUGGCGUUGAUGGAGCCUCCUUCAAGUCGGCUAAUCCGGCAAAUGAUGCAUCCGUUAAAGCUCUCUUCAAUGGCUUCACUGGAUCCCUCGGUCAAACAUCGAAUCAACCACAGCAUUUCCAUAAUCCUCAGUCUAUUAUCACGCAGGUUCAAAGUUUCAAUUCUACCGGCGCAGCGUCUGCUGCAGCACCGGCGAUGAACCAUCCUGCUGCGAGCGGUUCAAGCGGCGGAGCAGCAGCGGCGCAGCCGCGUCAGAGGGUGAGGGCGAGAAGAGGACAGGCCACCGACCCUCACAGCAUCGCCGAAAGGUUACGAAGAGAGAGGAUUGCGGAGAGGAUGAAGGCACUGCAGGAGCUCGUACCGAACGCCAAUAAGACAGACAAAGCAUCCAUGCUCGAUGAGAUCAUCGACUAUGUUAAAUUCCUCCAGCUACAAGUCAAAGUUCUAAGCAUGAGCAGAUUGGGAGGUGCUGCAGCUGUAGCUCCUCUUGUUGCUGAUAUGUCAUCUGAUCAGGGACGGAACGGUAACGGCGCGACGCAAACGGCGUCAUCCUCGAAUAACGAUGGGAUGACGGUAACGGAGCACCAGGUGGCGAAGCUGAUGGAGGAGGACAUGGGUUCCGCCAUGCAGUAUCUUCAGGGAAAGGGUCUCUGCCUUAUGCCUAUCUCCCUCGCCACCGCCAUCUCCACCGCCACCUCUCACUCCGCCAGAAAACCACCCCACGCCGCCGCCGCCGCCGCCGCCAACAACCCCCUUCUCGCCGCCGACGCCGGAGGCCCCACUUCUCCCAGCAUGUCCGUUUUGACCGUACAGUCCGCCGCCAUUGGCGGCGGCUGCGGCGAACACUCCCUUAAAGACGCCGCCUCCGUUUCCAAACCGUGAAGUUAACGGAAAAGGGUAAAGUGAGAGAAGUGUAAAAAGACCAAAAAGGAUAAGAUAAAAAGGUGGGGUGGGGGUGGGGUGUCGUUUUAUCUCUCUACUUAUUUUUUUUAGCCGUCAAGUGACUCAAGUCUACCGAAAUAAGUAUUUUAUUUUAUUUUAUUUUUUUUAAUAUAUAUAUUUGUGGAAUACUUUUUAUGAUUAAUUUAAAAGUAUAAUAUUAUUUCAA